AUAUUUGUCAAUCAAUCAAAACAGAGAAAGCCAAAGGAAACCAUAUGGGAGAGGAAGAACCUAACACACUAAACAAUAACAUCUCCUCAGUCCUCGCAUGGAUCUUCAAAUCCCACUCCUCCCACCAUGCCUGCUCAACUAAAAUAAAAACAUAAGCAUCCCCUUUAAUGAACAAUUUCCCACAUUUAUUUUUCUCUUACCUUCUCUUAAAAAUUCCCUCUGUCUCUUGUUGAUCUCUUUUGGUGGCGGUGCGAUUGGAUCUGAGUGCCUUUCUUUUUACAAAACCCACCAAUUUGCUCUUUCAACCCGGAGGACAGAAUUAAUUCUCUGAAACUUCCCCUUCUCUUUGAUUUUUUUCUUUUCUUGGAUCCGGACAAAAAUAUUCUAUUGAAGGGUUUUCUUUCUUUUUUUCUCAAAUAGUACAGUUAGAAUUUGGAAUCUGAAUUCUUGGGAAAUUAAAGGGGUUCUUGUUCAUUGAAUCAGUUAGGGUUUUUCUUUUUGUUGGUGGGUUGAUUGUAAUUCAUUUUGUUUCGGGGGGGGGGGGGGGGAGAGAGAGAGAGAGUUGUUGUUGUGUCUGUGUGUGUGGUUAAAGGUAAGAGGGAGGAAUUUGGAGGCAGCCAAUGCCAUAUUUUGUUGAUUGGUAUUUGAAGAAUUUUUCGGUUAUUUUUGGAGUACCGAAAAGUUUACAACUUAAGAGUAAAUACCUUGAAAGUAUUAUCAAUCAAUGUCUUGGGCAGGCCCAGAAGAUAUUUACCUCUCUACUUCUCUUGCCAACUAUCUUGAUAAGAAGCUUCUUGUGCUCCUACGAGAUGGCCGAAAGCUCAUGGGAUUACUUCGUUCUUUUGAUCAAUUUGCCAAUGCUGUCCUUGAAGGUGCAUGCGAAAGAGUUAUUGUUGGUGACCUUUAUUGCGACAUCCACUUGGGUCUAUAUGUGAUUCGUGGGGAGAAUGUUGUCUUAAUUGGAGAGCUGGAUUUGGAGAGGGAGGAGCUUCCACCACAUAUGACUCGUGUUUCAGAAGCAGAGAUUAGAAGGGCGCAGAAAGCAGAAAGGGAGGCAACAGAUCUAAAAGGUACAAUGAGGAAAAGAAUGGAGUUCCUUGAUUUGGACUAGUGCAUCUCUUACAUCCAGGCUGUGAUCUGCGCAUAUUUUAGCGGGCAGAGGUUUAGGAGAUAUGAUUAGGUUGGAUGUUAUUUUCUCGUAGUUUCUGUAACAUUUUGCAAAGAAUGUGUGAGAAAUUUAUUCAGUGCUUGUUAUUAAGGUUAUUUUAUGCUCAGGUUAAGGUUAGCAGUUCACUGAUAGGCAACCAAAAUUGUAACUGGAUUUUUCAGUUAUAACCCUGCAUCCAGAAAAAUUACAAGAGCACCUCUAAAAUACAUCUUUGAAGUCA